AUGUUGAAUUGCACGGAAAGUCGCUCACAAAGCGAGCUCAGUUGCUUGGACGACUUGUUCCCAUUGAAUGCGUUGCGGAAGACGCUGACUCGGAGCUCCAACUAUGCGGUGACCACGUUGUCCGUGAAUUCGACUGGGUCACGCUUUCGAGGAAAGAUGACCUUGUCUGCUGUAUCCGUUGCGGAGUUGCUACAGCGACACGAUGUUCCAGUGCUUUGUCAAGAAGGAAAGAAACUCAAUGAGCGCCAAGUUGGGGAGAUCGUCGCCCGUCGUGCCCAUGGGAAGUCGCUUCGCCAAAUUACCAGCCAAGUUGGGUCUACAAAGACACCCAUAGCCACGGUGCUGCGCCACCCUGCCGGUUAUGCCACCCCAAGGCCAGCGGGUCGCAACCCGAAGCUAUCCGACCACACAAAAGCGCCGAUUCUGCGAGAAGCGUCUAAAGGCCUAAGCAGUGCUUCUGAGUUAUUCACCAGCAACUGCAACUAG